CACAAUAAAUUUCAACAUGUCCGCAGCUGCGCUGUGUCCGUUCCUGCUGUAGGAUAGCGUCGUGCUCGCCGUCCAGUGGUACGUCACAGCAGGCUGCUACACGAAGAAAGGGUCUAGCAGCGAUCAAGCACGCUACUCGCAACUACACAAAUCGCCCAAGGCGACAGGUUUCAGCCUUUGAUUGUGCUAACAGUACGCGCGCAGUAUGGUAUUCGGCAUUGCACAAGUGCAGCCCACAAUUCUUGGGCCUAUUGAGCGCCAACAAAGAGUGUAUCAAAUGAAAGCCAGCAUAAACCAAAGGCUCAUCGAAAGUGGAGAGCGAGAUCGAUUAAAGGAGUUGCUAAGGACAAGGCUAAUAGAAUGUGGGUGGAAGGACCAGCUGAAAGCAUACUGCAAAGAAAUCAUCCGAGAAAAGGGCGUAGAAAACGUCUCUGUCGAUGACCUUAUCGCAGCAGUUACCCCUAGGGGAAGAGCCACUGUGCCAGACAUCAUCAAGCGUGAACUCCUUCACCAGAUCAAGAACUUCCUGAUGGAUCAGCAAGCAGGCAGUUGACUUUGCAGCUGAAGACUGCACUUAUAAAGAUGUGCUUGAUUGCGCAACUUGUGACUUAUGCCCAACCACGUCAAAGCGCACGAUUGCACUUCAUGCGCAGCUUUUAUUGCAGGAAUGAUGGAGAGGACCUGAUUAAUGCAUACCCAAUGCUGUAUAAUAAAAC